CUGUUCAUAGCCUCUACCUUUCGUCACGAGUCACGACCGCCGAGACGACGUGCGCCGUCUCGCCUUGACAUUCCGGCACCGGCGCCGACUGCGUACGAUACAUCCUUUGUCUUCUCUCUCUCUCUCUCCUUCUCCACCGAAGCCAUUUGAACUACCUAGUAGUCCCUCAUCGGAUUGGUAUAUCCUGGUGAAUUCCUCCACCUCUUUCCAAUAUUCUCCGAUCAAACCUUUCAAGGCUCCGUCGACAGCUGGAGCCCUCGAUACUGUACCGUUCUCCUCGGCGAAUGCAGGGCAGGGCAGGCAGAGCACUACGACCACAUACAUAUAUAUGCCUACCUACAGUACCUAGGUAUAAAGUAUAUCCAUCCAGCGCGCGGCUCAAUCGCAAGCCACCUACACCUGCACUUUGCCCCACUGUAAGUAACAAGAAUAAUUCGAGAGGCAGCUCAGCACCAGCACCAGCACCAAGCACCAGCACCAUCACCAUCACCAAGCACCUUCCCUCUCGUCAUCGAAUUGCGUCUCUACCUAGUACCCGCCCUGGAGUCUCUACACACUCAUCACUGCGCACACACACACACACACACACACACACACACACACGCGCGCGCGCACACAUACAGACUUGGACGCUGCUGCAGGAAAAAUCAAAGCUUGGGAGCUCGGCGCCUCUUCAUUCGCCGAAUGACAACCACUUUUUCACAACAUACACCAUACACCAUACAUUCUCACCUUCUCACCUUUCUCUCACUCUCUCUUUCCUCUCUCUCUCGCCCUCUCUCGCCCUCUCGCCGGAGAUCUGUUGCCCAGGGUCUAAUUGAUCACCGUCAUCUGCUACAGCACUAGUAUUAUUAUAUUACACAUCUGAGCUGAUCUCGUCACCGUCGCUUCUCCUCACGAAUUCUCUCUCAUCCGCAUCACGACGACA